CUCAAGCUGACCAUCCCGUGGCUUUUCUGACCACCUCUUUCUCGGGACCACAACCUGAGCGCUCCAGCCCACCCGCCAUCAUGCCUCUCCGAGACCAUCGAAUCCUCGGAGCCUUCAAUGGCCAGCUUGCCUGGACCGUUUCCAUCCUCAUGAUGUCGUCGUUCAACUUCGGCAUGGACAACAGCGUCUUCGCCGCGACUCAAGCGAUGCCCGCCUUUGAAAAGAAGUUUGGCUCGUGGAACGACGAGCUCCAACGCUACGAGAUCGCCCCGUACUUCCUGUCACUCUUCAACAGCUUGACUUACGUGGGUCAGGUCGCGGGGGUCAUUCUGGGUGGCUGGAUCGGCCGCCACUAUGGACGUCGUCGGUCGGUCUACGCCAUGUGUUUCUGGGCCUUGUUGGCUGCAACACUCCUGAUCACGGCACAAACCAAGGAGCAGAUGCUCGUGGGACGAAUCCUGAACUAUGUCUACAUUGGGCAAGAGUUGGUCACAGUCCCGGUCAUGCAAGCCGAGAUUUGCCCUGCUCACGCCAGAGGCUUUAUUGUGGCUACCUAUCAACUGGGCAACAUGCUUGGAGCCUUCAUCGGCUCGUUGAUCUCUUAUGGAACCUCCAGCAUCGACGGGGAAGAUUCUUACCGAAUCCCUUAUGCUCUGUUCUUCAUUAUUCCGUGUAUCGUCCUCGUCGGCAUUUAUUUCAGUCCUGAAUCCCCUCGCUGGCUCCUCGUCCACGAUCGUCAAGAUGAUGCUCUACAAUCUCUCCGCAAAUACCGAAACGGCCGCUUCACCGAGGAAUCGGUCCUGUCUGAAUAUGACACCCAGGUCGCCUUGGUCAGCGCGACGUAUGAGCGCGGCAAGUUCAAGGAGAUGUGGCAAGGCAUUAACAUGAAAAGAUCCCUCAUCAGCGUCGGUACCAAUUUCUGGGCUCAAGCGACGGGCCAGUCAUUUACUGCCAAAUACGGCACCGUCUUCCUCCAGGAUGUUGGCGCUCUGGGUCCCUUGGCAUUGCAGUGCAUCAAUACGGCUGUUUUCAUCGUUGUGGUUAUGGUCGCCAUGUAUUUUCUUGACAAGGCUGGACGGAGGCCUCUAUUGCUCACCGGCACUUUCCUCCAAUUCAGUUCUUUCCUCGUUAUGGGUUGCCUGGGCACGAAGGCAAACCCGUCUCAUUCGUACAAGGUCGGCAUUAGUGCGAUGCUGACCAUCAACUACUCCGGUUUCUGCUUUGGCUGGGGUCCGAUCUAUCAUAUCAUCACCUCUGAGAUUCCCAGUAACCGUAUGCGAGACAUUACAUACACAUGUGCCUCCAUCGUCAAUGUCGUCACCCAAUUUGCCGUCACUUUCACCAUUCCGUACCUGCUGUACGCACCAUACGCAAACCUUGGCCCCAAGCUCGGUUUCAUCUACGGGGCUCUCGCGGCUUGUGCGCUGGUCUUUGCCUUCUUCAUUCCCGAAUGCCGGAAUCUGUCGCUCGAGGAAAUCGACCACUUGUUCAUGGAAAAGACGCCGGUCCUCCAGUUCGGUAAGCGCAAGCAUGGCGAGAUUCUGAUUGAGGAGACGGUGACGGUGAAGUCCUGA